AUGGAUGCGAGUUUAGUCACCAUUCUGGCUAUUCUAGCAGUCACGGUUACUCAGACGUCUGAGACUUUGUUUCCUGGGGCCUUUAGCUGUUGCACAAAAAUUUCAGAUGAAAUUCCCAAAGGAAUUCUCCGAAGAGUGGAGAGGUUUGAAAUCCAGAAAGCGGAUGGCCUGUGUCACCUAGAAGCUGUUAUUCUCUACAUAGAAGGCAGAAAGUUCUGUGUGAGCCCGCAGAUUAGAAGAGUUAAAAAGUGGAUGAAGAAGAAUAAGCACAAGACAUCCAGAAAAAAAACUCAUGGUGGAAGGCAGAGAAGAACCAAAAUUAUUAAAAAGAAAGAAAAGAAACAGUAA